AUGACGGCCGUCCUCGAGCCGGUCUCCCCACCGGUGUUUAGGUUCAAGAAGAUGGCAUCGAGUUCGAGAUCACCUGAUCGAGGCUCUGUCCAGCAGGUUGCUAUCAAGGCUCUACAGACGAGGAAUGUCAAGGUCGAAAGACUGGACAGGAGUGUCUUUAGGGCCUUUCGUCUCCAGCCCCUGUCAGACUUCUUCUACGUUCUACGAUGUCGACCAUCAUCUCACGCCCGGCUGCUUCGACAUGAAGAGGAGAGACUCCAGACUGAGGCUAUCGUCUUGCAGACCCUACGAGGACGAACGGAUCUCCUGGUCCCAAGACUGAUCGAAUAUAACAAAACCAUCAUGCCCCUCGGCAGCCAAUACCUCAUCAACGGCCCCUUCAAAGGCUCCAUCCUUUCCGAAGUCGAACCCGACCUCUCCACCCAAGCCCUCGCCAGCAUCGACAAAAGCCUUGGACGGUACGUCCGCCAAUUAGCCCAAGUCACAGGCCCAGCCUUCGGCGCCGUCCGUCCAUUGAACGGAUCAUCCUCAACUACAACCACCUGGUCCCGCUGCUUCGCCAGCCUUCUCGAAAGUGCUCUCCGCGACGGCGAAGACGCACUUAUAAGCCUCCCUUAUGACUUCAUUCGGGACCAAUCCCGUCGUCACCGUGCUGUGCUCGACCAGAUUACGCAGCCAAGCCUCGUCAUCUUGGAGAUGUCUGCAGAUAAGAACAUCGUCGUCGAUACGAACAACAAUACUGUCUCGGGCAUUCUGGAUUUCUCAACGGCGAUCUGGGGCGAUCCGUUUAUGUCAGAUUGCUUUUAUCAGCCGAGUGCUAGUUUUCCGGAGGGGUUUGGAAGGCUGCCGAUCAGGGACACGAGUGAGAGGACAAGGCAGUAUUUGUAUGUGUUAUAUCAUUCACUGCUUGCGGUUGUCAGACAGUGUUAUCGACCCAGUGAGGAUGGGGAUGAGUUGGCGGCGAGGAGGAAAUUGACGGCUGCGUUGACGCAGUUGGGGAAUAUCUCCAGGGGGUGA